AUGAUCAAAUUAAUGGCGUGUAUUUUAUUUGCCUCUGUAGUGCAUUCGCGGCUUCUCCGAAAGAGACAAGCUCCGUGCCCAGAGGUGUGUGAUGUGUCCCACUGUCCUGCAUCAGAAUCGUGCUAUUAUGGAGUUGUAAAGGAUAACUGCGGUUGCUGCGUAAUUUGCGCCUCCGGAGAGGGCGACAUUUGUGGCGAGCAUGGAACAGGCACUUGUGGUGAGGGUAUGGUGUGUGACUACGCGCCAGGAAGCCACAGGCACCAGGGCUCUUGCGUGUGUUCCUCGAACGAGCCCGUGUGCGGGAGUGAUGGAAGGACUUACCCUACCCUAUGCCGCUUGAGAGCGGAGAACAGGAGAGCUGAGAUCAGCGGGACGCCUCCGGUCAUCUUGAUUCAGAGGGGACGCUGUGACUCAGGGUCCCUUAAUCCUGGCAGCAUGCGCUACAAAUUCAACUUCAUCGCCGACGUGGUGGACAAAAUCGCGCCCGCCGUGGUCCAUCUGGAGCUUUUCCGCAGAUUGCCGUUCUCCCAGAAGGAGGUGCCGGUGUCCACUGGCUCGGGGUUCAUCGUGUCAGAGGAAGGCUGGAUUGUCACCAACGCGCACGUUCUGUCCAACAAGCAGCGCAUUAAAGUCGAGCUGAAGAGUGGGGCACAGUAUGACGCCACCGUCAAGGAUGUGGACCAGAAACUAGACAUCGCGCUCAUUAAAAUCGAGUCAGAUAACCACCUGCCCGUGCUGAUGCUGGGCCGCUCGUCGGACCUGCGCCCGGGGGAGUUCGUGGUGGCCGUGGGCAGCCCCUUCUCCCUGCAGAAUACCGUCACCACCGGCAUCGUCAGCACCACGCAACGGGGCGGCCACGAGCUGGGGCUCAAGGACUCGGACAUGGAGUACAUCCAGACCGACGCCAUCAUCAACUACGGCAACUCAGGGGGCCCACUGGUUAACUUGGAUGGAGAGGUUAUCGGAAUUAACACUUUGAAGGUUACAGCAGGGAUAUCAUUUGCGAUUCCUUCAGACAAAAUACGCCAGUUCCUCACCGACUCCUACGACAGACAAAUAAAAGGAAAGACACUUCCUAAAAAGAAGUACAUGGGGGUGAGAAUGUUCCAGCUUUCAGCAUCAAUGAUCAGAGACCUGAAGGACCGCGACAAAGCUUUCCCGGAUGUGACCUCGGGCGUGUACGUGUACGAGGUGAUCCCUGGGACCGCUGCAUCGAGUUCCGGGCUGCAGAACCAAGACGUCAUCAUCAGCAUCAACGGGCGGGCCGUCCGGACCACGGAGGACGUGAGCAACGCGGUCCACUCCAGCAGCGCCCUGGCGGUGGUGGUGCGCCGGGCCAACGAGGACGUGGUCCUCAAAGUGGUCCCAGAGGACGUAGACUGAGCUGCACUUCCUCCAUAAAAUAAAGUCUAGGAGGUUCUCUAUUAUUCAGCAUGGACCUCACCACCCUAUGUUACCACACCAAGCAAUAUAAGAAUACGAAUGUUUCUUACACAAAAUGCAAGAAAACGCACAUAUUUAUAUACUGUAUAUAUUAUCAGUGUAUAUACGUACUCAUAUUCCGUACUUUUUUGUCCUUUCUUUCUACAUUGAGCACUGACUUUGCCCAUUUCUGGUCCACAUAUGACCAAAAGUCAGAGGAUAAGGAAAAGAAAUAGGUAUUAUCAUGACAACUGCAAAGGCAACCCAUCACAGGAGUUCUGUUCAUAGUAGGGAUUCAUAAUGAACAGGAUUUUUUUUGAAGAUGAGAACUUAAUUUUUUUAAUCAUUUAUAAUAAAAAAAAAUGUUGAAUUAA